AUGAGUUCCUAUUUUGUAAACUCAACUUUUCCCGUCUCUCUCCCCGGAGGACAGGACUCCUUCUUGGGUCAGAUACCACUCUACUCCUCUGGAUACACAGAUCCUUUAAGGCACUAUCCCAGUGGCACGUACGGAGCCUCCAAUGUCCAAGAUAAGGUUUACCCUUCCUCCUACUACCAGCAAGGUACGGGGGUUUACGGGCGGACUACGGCUGGCGCCACCGACUACACGAGUACUUUUUACCGAGACGCUGAGCGCUCCUGUACGCUUGCGGGUCUGGAAGAGCAUCCGCUAGUGUUAACGCAGGAGCAGUGCAAGACGGACUGCACGGAGCAGAGCGUAGACAGAUACCCGGGCAGCGAUGACAAGUUGUGCACUCCAGUUUACCCCUGGAUGCAGCGAAUGAACUCUUGUAACGGGCCCUCGGGUCACACUGGCCGCAGGGGUCGUCAGACGUACACGCGCUUCCAGACGCUCGAGCUGGAGAAGGAGUUCCAUUUCAACCGCUACCUAACCCGCCGACGCAGGAUUGAGAUCUCGCACGCUCUCUGCCUAACGGAACGCCAGAUCAAGAUCUGGUUCCAAAAUCGCAGGAUGAAGUGGAAAAAGGAAAACAAAGUCAUAAACUCAACCAAAUCCGGCGAGGAGGAUGAGGACGGCGACUCGAAGAAGGAAUAAAUAAUGAAGGGGGGGAUAUGAACUGAUAUCAUUCAAGGGAAUCAGUAAUUCCAUAAUUUAAUUUACAAUGUGCUUGAUGUGACCUAACUAAAAAAAGGAAAUGUUACUACCAGUUUAAGAAAGGCUAGGCCUGUCAAAGAAAUACGACAAAAGGCUCUCUCGUGACAGAACAUUUACAAUGCUUAGAACAUUUGGCUUUCUUUCGUAAAACUUGUCUUGGAAUCCAGAGGUUCUUGGCUGGCUUGUGGAAACUACCUAAACUGCCAAUAGCUUAUAUUUUACUAUUCUGUUUUUCUAUUUUAUUUUCCUGUGAUUGUUGUUUUGUCAAUAGUCUAGAUAAAGAAAUGUAUGGACAAAGAGUCACUAAAUCAGCUCGUGCACAUUUUUGAACUUUGUUCAUGCCAGGCAGACUACAUACUGUAAUGGAUUAUCUCGCGCGCUGCUCGUGGGAUGAUAUUUUGCACCUCUAUUUGAAAUGUUUUGUAUAAUGAUUUAUUUAUUAUUAUUUCUUUGCCAUGUGUCCUUGUAGCUAAAUGUAACUUUGAA